AGCAAGCAUCUGUUGAUCAAGAGAAAAAGCUCGAUCAACUUAAGAUGGCCUCCUCUAAAGUCUUUCUUCUCACAGCUCUCAUCGCUUUGGUCGUUUCUCAGGCUGUGGCUUCUGAUCCCAGUCCACUCCAGGACUUUUGUGUUGCUGACAAGGACUCGCCAGUGCGUGUCAAUGGGUUCCCCUGCAAAGACGCCAAGGAUGUGAAUGUUGAUGAUUUCUUCCUUGCAGCUAACCUUGACAAGCCGAUGGACACAACCAAGAGCAAGGUUGGCUCCAAUGUUACAUUAAUCAAUGUGAUGAAACUUGCGGGUCUCAACACCCUUGGUAUCUCUAUGGCAAGGAUUGACUAUGCUCCGAAAGGACAAAACCCACCCCACACGCACCCCCGUGCCACUGAGAUCCUGACCGUUCUUGAGGGCUCACUCUAUGUUGGCUUUGUAACGUCUAACCAAGCAAACAAGGAAAACAAACUCUUCACCAAGACGCUCAAAAAAGGAGAUGUAUUCGUGUUCCCAGAGGGACUCAUUCACUUCCAGUACAAUCCAAGCUAUGAAAAACCAGCGGUCGCCAUCGCCGCACUUAGUAGCCAGAACCCAGGAGCAAUCACUGUUGCCAACGCAGUAUUUGGAUCGAAUCCACAAAUAUCCGAUGAUGUUCUUGCUAAGGCAUUUCAAGUGGACAAGAAGGCCGUAGAUUGGCUCCAAGCUCAGUUCUGGGUGAACAACCAUAACUAAAUUAUUCAUGCUUAGUAAUGUUUAUAAUUAUUGUUUGGUAGUAAACCAUGUUU